GCGGGAAACCUGAGGGGGCUCUGAGGGGCCGCUGUUGCCUCCUCGUCCCUCAUGGUUUCGCAGAGCAAAGUGUCACAAAAUACACCGUCCCAGUGAUGCCUUAGGAUCCUGGCUUUUGUGCUUUCCGCGUAUUUGUGAUCCGGCCGCUCUUUAGUGCGUAACUCUGAACUCCACACUCAGUGUGAGCUGCUGCUGCUGUCCCGUUUGGGGCAGACACAGCAAUUCCUCUCCAGGCCUGGCAGUCAAGGACUCCUCACUGCCUCAGGCCCCAGAGAUGGAAAUGUUAUGUGUAUUUGAAACAAAAAGUGAAGAGAGCUGCAGUCCUACACGGGACCACGUUCCUUAUCCGGCAUUUUCCUCUCACUGGGAGCUGCUGCCACGGGAUCCCUCCCAAGCCAAACGCACCGUGAGAUUCCGCUGAUGUUGGAACAGACCCUGGAGAUCAUCGAGCCCAGCCCCCCCGGAGGCUGCAGAGUAGCUGCGCACAGGGCUAAUGCCCGAGCACGUGUGGAGGAUCAACCUGGACACGCCGGAGGAGGCCCAGCAGAACCUGUCCUUCGGAGCUGCCGAUCGCUGGUGGGAGCAGACGGACCUGACCAAGCUGAUCCUGGCCUCCAACAAGCUGCAGAGCCUCUCGGAGGAUGUGCAGCUGCUGCCUGCCCUCACCAUGCUGGACGUGCAUGACAAUCAGCUGACAUCACUUCCUUCUGCUCUAGGGCAACUUGAAAAUCUCCAGAAACUCGAUGUCAGCCACAACAAACUGAGGAGCCUUCCCGAGGAGCUGCUGCAGCUGCCCCGUCUGAGGAGCCUCCUGGUGCAGCACAACGAGCUGAGCCAGCUGCCCGAGGGCCUGGGGCAGCUCCUCAGCUUGGAGGAGCUGGAUGUGUCCAACAACCAGCUCACAGCCAUCCCCACCAGUUUUGCUCUGCUGGUGAACUUGGUGCGGCUCAACCUGGCCUGUAACCAGCUCAAGGAGCUGCCUGCAGAUCUCAGUGCCAUGAAAAGCUUGAGGCAACUGGAUUGUACCAAAAACUACCUGGAAACGGUACCUCCUAAAUUAGCAACCAUGGCAUCCCUGGAGCAGCUUUACCUGAGGAAGAACAAACUGCGUUCCUUGCCAGAGCUCCCCUCCUGCAAGUUACUGAAGGAAUUACACGCUGGGGAGAAUCAGAUUGAAAUCCUGAAUGCAGAGAAUCUGAAACAGCUGAGCUCCCUGUGUGUGCUGGAGCUCAGGGACAACAAGAUCAAGGCAGUGCCCGAGGAGAUCACGGUGCUGCAGAAGCUGGAGAGACUCGACCUGGCCAACAAUGACAUCAGUAGGUUGCCUUACACCCUGGGGAACCUCCCUCAGCUGAAAUUCCUGGCCCUGGAGGGAAAUCCUUUGAGAACCAUUCGGAGAGACCUGCUGCAGAAAGGCACCCAGGAGCUGCUGAAAUAUCUGAGAAGCAAAAUCCAAGAUGAUGGACCUGGCCCCAAUGAAGAUCCUCCUGUGACAGCCAUGACUCUUCCCAGCCAGUCCAAGGUCAACAUCCACGCCAUAACCACACUGAAAUUACUGGAAUACAGUGACAAGCAGGCUGCCGAGAUCCCCGAGGCCGUGUUCGAUGCCGUGGGCGCCAAUCCUGUGGCCACCGUGAACUUCAGCAAGAACCAGCUCAGGGAGAUCCCCCCAAGGCUUGUGGAGCUGAAAGACUCAGUUUGUGAUGUCAGCCUGGGCUUCAACAAAAUCUCCUCCAUCUCCUCGGAGCUGUGCCUGCUCCAGAAGUUGACACAUUUGGAUCUCAGAAACAAUGUUCUGACAGCCUUGCCUGAGGAAAUGGAGGCACUGAAAAGACUGCACACAAUAAAUCUUGCUUUUAAUAGAUUUAAGGUGUUUCCCAGUGUCCUGUAUCACCUCCCAGCCCUGGAGACCAUCCUGCUCAGCAACAACCAGGUGGGAUCCAUCGACCCCGUGCAGCUGAAGGGGCUGGACAAGCUGGGAACGCUGGACCUGCAGAACAAUGACCUCCUCCAGGUGCCCCCAGAGCUGGGCAACUGUGAGAACCUCAGGAGCCUGCUGCUGGAAGGGAACCCGUUCCGCACGCCCCGCGCCGCCAUGCUGGCCAAGGGCACGGCUGCCCUGCUGGAGUACCUGCGGAGCCGCAUUCCCUCCUGAGCCUGGGCACUGCCCCUGGGCCUGGGCACUGCUCCUGAGCCCUGGGUAUUCCCUCCUGAGCCCUGGGCACUGCCCCUGGGCCUGGGCACUGCUCCUGAGCCCUGGGUAUUCCCUCCUGAGCCCUGGCCAUUCCCUCCUCAGCCCUAAGCCCUGGCCAUUCCCUCCUGAGCCUGGCCUGGCCAAGGGUGCAGCUGCACUGCUGGAACACCUGCAGAGCCACAUUCCAGCACCACAGGAGCAGCCAGGUACCCCCUGUCCCACCAGCACCCCUGGGCUCCACUGCUUCCAUCCUUCUGCUCCUGGCUGGGAGUCUGCCCAGUGCUAAGAACCCAGCUGUGGAGCAUUCCCUGCCCUCUGCAUGUUCCAGCAGGGAUUUCAGCAUCCCACACCACUCUGUUUACACUGUUUGUAAUAAAGGACAGCAAGGAAAGCUGCCUUCAGCAUAGCCAUGGUGCUUCCUGCAGCUGAGCUGGGCUCUGGAGAGAGUUCUCACCUCCAAAGCACCGGGGCCAAAGGCAGGAGGGACCAUGGUGGGUUUUGUAUUCCUGUUUUCUCUUGUUUCACUGCUGUCCCCUGAACUGUCUCCUGGUGUGAGUGAGGUUGAGUGCUUGAGCUGUGAGGGGGGGUGAGAGAUGCCCCAGGUUUGUGCAGGGCUCACUUGAGUGAAAAUGGGGCUGGUGCUGUGCUGAGACAAUAAAUGUUCCCCUUGGAUGUCUGCUGUGGGUCCUUCAAGCUGUAACUGAGCUCUGUGGAUGGGAACAUUGAGGGCUUCUCUUGUUCAGACACACUUCCAAAUGUCCUGCAGGUGGUACCUUUAAUACUAAUAGUGUGUGGGUGAGGCUCCACCACCCUCCAGUGCCUGAGCCCCCUUUCCAUGGGGAAAUUCCUGCUGCUGCCCACCCUGAGCCUGCCCUGGCCCAGCCUGGGGCCGUUCCCUCUCCUCCUGUCCCUGUUCCCUGUUCCCAGCCCGACACCCCCGGCUGUCCCCUCCUGGCAGGAGCUGUGCAGAGCCACAAGGUCCCCCUGAGCCUCCUUUUCUCCAGGCUGAGCCCCUUCCCAGCUCCCUCAGGAAUUCUCCAGCCCCUUCCCAGCUCCCUCAGGGAUUCUCCAGCCCCUUCCCAGCUCCCUCAGGGAUUCUCCAGCCCCUUCCCAGCUCCCUCAGGGAUUCUCCAGCCCCUUCCCAGCUCCCUCAGGGAUUCUCCAGCCCCUUCCCAGCUCCAUUCCCUGCCCUGGCCACGCUCCAGCCCCUCAGGGUCUCUCAUGGACCCAGCCCUGGAGGUUCUGUAGCACAGCAGGAUUUUAUACAGUUCCUCACUAAAAUUCCCAGCUUUUGAACGUGUCCAGAUGAACACAGAACGCUCUGAGCUCCCCCUCAGCUCCCCAAGUGUGGGAAUUGUCUUCCAGCUGGAGCAGGGAUGGCUCAGGGGGCUCAGGCCCAGCUGCACCUCCCCGUGUCCCCAGGGAGGGGACCAGAACCUGGUCCUGGCUGCAGGAAAUGGGGGGCACUGACCUGGCUGGGAAAGGGUUUGGGGGAGCGGGAAUGGGAAGGGCAGGACCUGUCCUGUGGGAAGCAGAUGGCAGGGUCAGUGUGCAGGGACAGCAGGGGACACCUGGAGCUCCUUGGAUGGUGGAACUGCUGCUGCCCUCACCCCUGCCCCUCUCUGUUUCCAUACAUUUUGUCCUUUGUGCAUUUGUGCAUUCAUCCUCCAUACAUUUGUCCUUCCACACAUUUGCCCCAAAAGCUGCCAAACCUGAGUUUUCUUCCCCAUUUGCCCCAAAAGCUGCCAAACCUGAGUUUUCUUCCCCAUUUACCCCAAAAGCUGCCAAACCUGAGUUUUCUUCCCCAUUUGUCCCAAAAGCUGCCAAACCUGAGUUUUCUUCCCCAUUUCCAUCGCUCCCUUUCCAUAUUUGGUGUCUCCCAGUGGCUGCAGCUGGAGCAGGGGAGUCCCAGUUGGGAGUUACCCAAUUUUCCAGGCUCAUUCCCCACCCUCUGAAACCUCCUUUCUGCCAGGAAAAAACAAAAAAAAACACCACCCAAAAGCCUUACAAUAAGGUGACGUUUUUAUUAUUUAUACAAUAAAGAGACUUUUUAAUGUUAUUCAAAACACUUUUUUUUUUUUUUUUUUGGAAAUACUGAAAAAGGUGGGUA